AUGCAGCAGGGGAAAUUUGAAUUCAAUCUCUCUCUUACUAUCUUGACAACACAGGCCGAAAUGGUGGAAUGCUUGACCCAUUCGUUUGCGGACCUGGAACUAGAAGACAUUAAGCUCAGGCUGAAUCGCUGGGAACAUGACACGGAACUUCAAGCUCGCCAGGUAGAAAUCAAGAAAUUGGAAAAGGAAGUUGACGAGUUGAGCAAAAACAAUCAGCUGUUAAAGGAUGAUAAAGCCAAACUAUCCGAGUUUGUUUUCCUACUUUUCAAAUUACCCCUCAAGUUGUGGCCCGAGCUGAUGUCUCGCUGUUCAUAUAUGCGGACUCCAGACAAUCUCUUGCAAAGGAAAAAACUAUUCGAGAGAGUCAAGCAUUGUACAGAAGCCUGGGGAUAA